UAAAAAAAUAUAAAUAUGUGUACUAAUAUAAUUUGAGAUAUCUCAGGAUGACAAUAGUUAACCCAAGAAAUAACAAUCUUUCUUGCCUCGCCGCCCGGUGCUCCUUAGGAAAAAGCCUCUCCCUGUUCCCCUCUAGAAGCUAAAGAGAAAACGUGUAGCCAACAUUCCUACUCAGUACUCACCUACUCCUCUGUCUUUCUCAAUACCAGAAACCAGAUUGUGUCUUAAAAUAAAUAAAGCAUAAAUAGGCGACCUCUUUCCUUCCUUACAUUACAGUUACGUAAGAAAAAGCAUAGAAUUCUGGGACUCGUAUCUAUAUAUAUAUAUUUUUUCAAGUGGGGUCCAAUGGGUCUUUGAGUCCAUUUGUGCCCACCACCACUUUUGACAAUGUCGCUGUAGUAUUAGAUUUCACCAAAACUCACCUUCAAGUUCAACAACCCCUUUACCAGCAACCCUUCUCAUUUUGUAUGCAGUUUGUCUUGGCAUUUUACAGUUCUUGCAUUGCUAAAGAUUACUUUUUUAUUGUCUUCCAUGGCUUUGAGGGCUGCUGGAUCCCUCUGGUUUAGCCCAAUAAGGCCUUGCUCCAAUGUGGGUGGUUCAGAUUUGGGGAAUAGGAGAUGUGGAAAGGGCUUGGAUUUCAGGUGCAAUUGGGAUUCUGAUAGAUUUUCUAAGGGGGAAUGGUGUUGUUUGGCUGUUUUAGCUCAGAGAGCCAUUACUCCUGUUGAAGACGAGAAGCCUUGCACGCCUGAGGUGGAGUCUUCUCAAGCAAUUGAGAAGGUUCAGGACACUCAGUCUAGUUCUUUUCACAAGGAUUUGAACCUUCUUCCUAAACCUUUAUCGGCAACAGAUAUUUCUUCUUCUCGUGAUGAUGGUACAAAAGUACGAGUUGCUUAUCAGGGGAUAGCGGGUGCAUAUAGUGAGGCUGCUGUACUAAAAGCAUACCCUAAGUGUGAAACUGUCCCAUGUGAACAUUUUGAAGCUGUAUUCAAGGCAGUUGAACUCUGGUUAGUGGAUAAAGCGGUUCUCCCAAUUGAGAAUUCAGUGGGUGGCAGCAUCCACCGUAAUUAUGACUUACUUCUUCGGCAUAGGCUCCAUAUAGUAGGAGAGGUGCAGAUGGCAGUCAAUCAUUGCCUGUUAGGAUUGCCUGGUGUGCAAAAGCAGGAGCUGAAACAAGUGUUGAGCCACCCCCAGGCGCUUUCCCACUGUGAGAUGACAUUGAGCGAGUUAGGUGUUGUGAGGGUUAGUACUGAUGAUACUGCAGGUGCUGCUCAGAUGGUAGCUACAGGUGGCACCAGAGAUACUGGUGCCAUUGCAAGCGCUCGAGCAGCAGAAAUCUAUGGCCUUGAAAUUCUUGCGGAAAAGUUCCAGGAUGAUGACGAUAACAUUACCCGCUUUUUAAUACUUGCACGGGAACCUGUAAUUCCAGGAACUGACAGGUCCUACAAGACAAGCAUUGUUUUCACCCUUGAAGAAGGUCCUGGUAUUCUAUUCAAAGCAUUAGCCGUGUUUGCUUUGAGGGGCAUUAAUUUGACAAAGAUAGAGAGCCGGCCGCAAAAGAAUCGGCCUCUAAGGGUUGUUGACGAUUCUAACAAGGGUAGUGCCAGGUACUUUGACUAUCUCUUUUACAUCGACUUUGAAGCUUCAAUGGCAGAACCCCGUGCUCAAAGUGCUUUGGGACAUUUACAGGAAUUUGCAAGGUUUCUUCGUGUUCUUGGUUGCUACCCAAUGGAUACAGAUCUUUAGCUAACUGGGCAUUGAAUCUGUUAUCCCGGUUAUUUUGGUGCAACGAAGAAUUACAAUUCAUCCCUGGGAUUAUUGUAUAUAAGUAAUAUUAUAUGCGAUUCAAGAUAUAAGUCAAGGUUUGCUGAUGAAAGAUAGCAGCUUGACAGCUUCCUUUGAACGUGAUCUUCCCACUGUUUAACAUUUUUCAUUUCUCUUUCACAAUUCCCAAAUGGGAUGUUAUUAGGGCAUGAACCUUUUAGGGAUAACAAACAAUUGCAGGAGGGAAAGUUUAUAAUGGCAUGAAAAUUCCUCCGCUUUUCUUUAGUAA